ACAGAAGAGAUAGAAGAGAUCAAAAGAAGAGAAGCAAAACAUAGACGAAAGCAUGGAUUUAACAAAAAUGGUGAUAUCAAGGAUUUCCCAUAAAUUGAGCCAUAGGACGUAUGUCAUUGCUCCUACAAGACCAUUACAGAAAAUUUUUGGAAUUGGGAAAUCGGAGAAAGAAAAAGAGGUAGACGACGCAUGUCGAAAGGCAAAAGAAGCAACUCAUGCAGUGAAAGAAGGUGCACAACAAAUCAAAGAAACGGGUGAACAUGUCAAAAGCACAGCUGAGAAAGUGUCACAAACAGCGGGUAACAUUGUUAACAAAAUGAAGGAGCCAAUUAUAGGUGCAGUGAGCAACGCAUGGGGCAACACCACUGAGAAGAUUGAGGACAAAGUUGCUGAAAAGAUUAGAGACAGAGUCAUGGGAAAAGAAGACCAAGAAAAAAGUGAUGAUGAAAAGUCUAAGUAAUUAAUUUAGUGUUAUAGUUGGGCAAUAUCUAUUAUACACUCGGGUCUAUCAUACAUCCAAAGUCUUGUUAUUUUGUACAAUUGGUUGUUUGUGAGUAUGUAGCAAUGAAAAAUAAGUGUGGGUGCACU